AACCACCACAUGGCUCCCCACCCCCAGACUAUUUCUUUAUUCAUUCCUAACCUUUACCUUGGCAGACGAACCAUAAUAUUCAUCAAGCACGUUAGACAACCCAUGGCACAUUUCCUGUUUUCCUCCGUCCUCUCUGCAGGUCACAGACACACAGAGCCCAGCCUAUGCAGGGUUCAGCCGGGACAGGGCUGCUGGCCACUUAACAAAGGCUGCAUUCCUCCCAGGAGCAAGAGAAGUCCUGAGCACAGGCCAGGGUUGUUUGGUUUUGAGGUGUGCUGGGGAUGAAAGGCACUCUGGAAGUGGAAGGCUCGGUCAUUCAUUAAUUAAUUAUAAUUGAGGGUUUGUUCUUAAGAACCAUCCCUUUGAAAUUACUUUCCAUCAGACAGCGACUGCCACAAAGGCAUCAGAUAUUCAGAACAUUCUCCAUUUCCUCAGCGCGAGUAUUUUCAUUCCAGGAUCAGAGAUUCUGUUCUGAUCUGGCUCUUCCCUUGUGAGUCUCUCCCACCUUCGCUUUAGAGCUGGGGUUUGUUUAUUUAGGGGGUGUGGAUGUGUGAGUCUGUGUGUUUAAUGCCUACUUUUUAAAAGGCAAUCUAUACUACACCAAAUAACCUUUUUGUGGUCUUUAAUCUGACUCUUCACUGAUAAAUGAACAAUGGAAAAACUCCAUGGAAAGAUUAGAAAGACACCGGAGACUGACACCCCCCUAAGGUGUGGACCACACCUCCGGCUUACAACUGGAAGGGAGAAGCAAACUGAUACACUGAUGUGGCUCUAAACAACAACAACGGGUGUGAAGGCCCAGGGGCAAUUCAGGGUUGACCAAGAGGAAACACAUGUUGCACAACGAUAUGAUCUUGUUGGUACAGUUGUCAGAGAAGGGAACUCCCACAGCAAAGGGCAUAAAAGCAUCCGGGGCAGUCUGGGGCAGCGCAGUUCUGUGGUGCCAGGGAGUGGAGCAGAGUCCGGCCCUGCCCCAAACACAGAUGGGACCAUGAACUCCAGCCACAGCUUCAGCCAGACCCUCUCGGGCUCCCUCCAUGGCACAUGGUCUGGCCGGGGAGCAUAUGGCACUAGGGGCUGGCCGGGGAGCUUCCCCCGGGCUCCCAGCGUCCAUGGUGGAGCAGGAGGUGUCCGCAUCUCCCUUUCCUUCACCUCACCAAGCUGCCCGCCCCCCGGAGGGUCCUGGGGGUCUGGAAGAGGCAGUUGCCUCCUAGGUGGAAAUGGGAAGGAGACCAUGCAGAACCUCAAUAACCGCCUAGCCUCCUACCUGGACAAGGUGCGUGCCCUGGAGGAGGCCAACAUGAAGCUCGAAAGUCGCAUCCUGAAGUGGCAUCAGGAGAGAGACCCUGGCAGUAAGCAAGAUUACUCACAAUAUGAGGAAAACAUCAGCCACCUGCAGGAGCAGAUAGUGGAUGGUAAGCUGACCAACGCUCAGAUCAUUCUUCUCAUUGACAACGCCAGGAUGGCCGUGGAUGACUUCAGCCUCAAGUAUGAUAAUGAACACUCCUUCAAGAAAGACUUGGAAGCUGAAGUUGAGGGUCUCCGAAAGACCUUGGAUAAUCUGACCAUUGUCACAACAGACCUGGAACAGGAGGUUGAGGGAAUGAGGAAGGAGCUCAUCCUCAUGAAGAAGCACCACGAGCAGGAAAUGGAGGAACAUCGUGUGCCAAAUGACUUCAAGGUCAAUGUGAAGGUGGAUACAACUCCAGGGGAAGAUCUGAUCAAGGUCCUGCAGGAUAUGAGGCAGGAAUACGAGUCUAUAAUAAAGAAGCAGCAUCAAGAUUUGGACACGUGGUAUAAAGAGCAGUCAGCGAUGAUGGCCCAGGAGGCGGCCAAUCCAAAAGUUGUGCAGAGCAGCCAAAGUGACAUUCAUGAACUGAAGCGUACUUUCCAGGCCCUGGAGAUCGACCUGCAGGCACAGUGCAACAGGAAAUCUGCUUUAGAAAACACGUUAUCAGAGACCCAGUCUCGGUACUCCUGCCAACUCCAGGACAUGCAACAGAUAAUCUCUCACUAUGAGGAGGAACUGAUGCAGUUACGCCAUGACCUGGAGCGUCAGAACAGCGAAUACAAGGUCCUCCUGGGCAUCAAAACCCACCUAGAGAAGGAAAUCGCCACGUACCGUCAGCUCCUGGACGGAGAGAGUGAAGGGACAAUGGAGGAAUCUAAGUCGAGUGUGAAAGCGUCUGCAGCACCAAGGAUCAAGGCCAUCACACAGGAGAGUGUCAACGGGAGAGUAAUUCUUUCUCAAGUGAAUGAGAUCCAAAGGUGUGCGUGAGGCCAAUAAAAGUUUCUGCCUGUUUUCCCCAAUGGAAAGUCCUUGCCCGGACACAAAUGAGUGAGUCCUUAGAGGUGCCCCUGGGGUUAUCAAACUUCUAUUUUUUUCUCUGUAACAAUCUCACCAGAUGUUCCACAGUGAUCUUAACGUACCGCUGCACCUUUUGGAUCAAAGUAUGAGUUCAUGAGCUUAAAGCUCUGCUUUCCUAGUACAAUAUUCAGAUUCCCAUCAUUGUGUAUCUGUUUUGUAGUCAAUAAAACUCUCCACCAGCUGCA